AUGGCCCUGUACAUGCUAGCUAGCAUAAUCUGUGCAAGCUGGCGAUGUACUUUCCGCUUCCCUAGCACGGUUAUAAAGAUCCAGUUCACAUCUUUAUACCAUAAAGAGGAAGCAAAAGAGGAAGCCUCAUCACCUCCCCUUCGGCCACUUUACCCUCAAAUAUCGCCUCUGAAGAUCCACAUCCCGGAGCCGGAUCUCCGGAGCGUGGUCAGUCCCCUCCCGUCCCCCACAGGCACUAUCAGUGUUCCCAACUCUUGCCCGGCCAGUCCACGUGGUGCUGGAUCCUCAGGAUAUCGUUUUGUUCACAACAUUACCUCGGAUCUGCAGCUGGCAGCAGAGUAUGCAGCAAAAGCAGCAUCAGAACAGCAGGCAGAUGCAUCUGGCGGAGACAGCCCAAAGGAUGAGUCCAAGCCACCCUAUUCUUAUGCUCAGCUAAUUGUGCAGGCUAUAUCUUCAGCACAGGACAGGCAAUUAACACUAAGUGGGAUUUAUGCCCACAUUACCAAGCAUUAUCCGUAUUACAGGACUGCUGACAAAGGCUGGCAGAAUUCCAUUCGGCACAACCUCUCCUUGAACCGUUACUUUAUUAAAGUCCCACGUUCCCAGGAAGAGCCUGGAAAGGGCUCCUUUUGGCGAAUUGACCCUGCCUCUGAAGCCAAACUAGUAGAGCAAGCAUUUAGAAAACGAAGGCAAAGAGGAGUGUCCUGCUUCCGAACACCUUUUGGGCCUCUCUCCUCCAGGAGUGCUCCUGCCUCCCCUACUCACCCUGGCCUGCUGUCCCCUCACUCGAGUGGCCUACAGACUCCAGAGUGCCUAUCACGGGAGGGCUCACCUAUUCCACAUGAUCACGACUUUGGGUCAAAGUUAGCCUCAGUUCCAGAGUAUCGGUAUUCGCAGAGUGCACCUGGAUCUCCAGUCAGUGCCCAGCCAGUGAUUAUGGCUGUUCCUCCCCGACCUUCUACUCUGGUGGCAAAACCAGUUGCGUACAUGCCAGCAUCAAUAGUGACUUCUCAACAGCCUUCGUGUCAUGCAAUUCACGUAGUUCAACAAGCUCCCACUGUUACAAUGGUCCGAGUUGUGACCACCUCUGCAAACUCUGCAAACGGAUACAUCCUCACAAAUCAGGGCACAGCAGGAGGAGCGCAUGAAGCUGCAGGAGCAGUGUUGGACUUGGCUGGUGACCACCGAGGCAUGGAUGAAAAGCCAACGAUCGCAUUUGCCACGAUACCUACAGCCAGCCGUGUAAUUCAGACAGUCGCCAGUCAAAUGGCACAGGGCGUUCCAGGACAGACAGUCACGAUCCUUCAGCAGGCAGCUCCAGUGACCAUCGGACAGCAUCAGCUCCCCGUACGGGCAGUCACCCAGAAUGGGAAGCAUGCCGUCCCCACCAACAGCAUCACCGGCAGUGCUUAUGCUCUUGCAAAUCCAUUGCAGCUUCUUGCAGCCCAGGCCAGCUCAUCCACUCCUGUUGUAGUCAGCCGGGUGUGUGAGACAGGGACCGAAGAGACAGCAGCAGCCUCUUCCAGUGAACCUGAAGUCAAAAGACCCCGGAUAGAAGAGUCCAGUGGAGCAGUCCCAGCCCAAACUGGAGUCAUCACGUCUACAGGGCCACAAGGACAGGCAACCAGUGAAUGAAGAAUUGGUGAGAGGAGCUGGAGUGAUGCAGGGUGGGCCUGGGAUGGCAGCAGCCCCUAAAGCAGCUUUCAAAGAAAACAAACCACAACUGUAACAGCGCAAAACAUAGCGAAUAAAGAGCUCUUUUUAAAGCUGGAUUUUUAAAUGGGAGGUCAACAACUGAUAGAAUCACAAGGUGCCAAAAAGAAUGGAAAACCCCUCCCAAGAACCCAUACCUGGAACUCUUCUGUCUUUACCUAUGGAAUAUUUUUCCCUUUUUUUUUUUUUUUAAAAAAAAUUCAAAAAAUACAGACAACUGAUUUUAUGACUGCUGGGAUAUUUUUAACUGUCUUUUCCCCUUUUGGCUCCAAGGGGAUGGGAUUUGCAGUUCAGCACCUAAAGGAAUGUAACACAAAUACAGUCUGCUCCCUGGAAAAA